GCGAUCCCAUUUAACAUCGGUAAUUUUAAAUGGGAAUAUAGCUCCACUAUGUAAAUAUAACAAAAAGACAUACGUUGUUAGUAAUACGUGUCCAUUUGAUUCAGUGAUAGUUUCAAUAGCCGUCGCAUAUAUAGAUUAUGAAAAAUAUGCUUCAUUUAUAAAUGAGACAAACAAUGAAUUUUUAAAUCUUGCAAAAGAACUUGGCCUUCAUGGUUCAUCAAAAUCAACUUACAACCAAUGAUUAAAAUUACUUCUUCCAUAUUUUGAUAUUUCCACAUGCAUUCCCACAGUAAACACUCUCAAUGUUGAAUGUAAUGUCAUUAAAGUAGUUCAAGAUUAUAUAAAAGACAAUCCAAGUUCCACUCAUACUACAAUGUGCUCCAAUACAGAGUGCUCCGUGGAAAAUAGAACAAGAAACUCAGCCACAAUAAUAUUAAAUAACAUCAAUAAAAUUCAUACUAAAGGUUUUUCUUACCUCCAAAACCUAUUACAAAGAUAUCUACUAUCAAAGACCAUGCCUUGUUUACAAAAAAAUUGCUACGGGAUAAUUAGCAGAAGUAUAAAUCUGGGAAAUCACAUUUUCAUUGAAGCUGAUACACUAUCAUUGAAUUCCACAACAUAUUCAUGUCUUUUAAGUGACAUUCCUGUAAAAAUGGAUCUAAACCAAAAAAAAUACGCAUUGGUUGCAGUUAUUCACUAUGUAUCAUUUCACUAUAUGACCUAUGUUAGACGAGCAUAUGGCAAAUGGGAAAGACAUAAUGAUUUAGAACAGAAAAUUAAAAAAAUCAAGAGCAUAGAAAAAACUAAAGUUAAUCCUCAUUUACUUUUGUACAUAGAAACAAAUGAUUAAUU